UGUCGAACAGAACCACAAAUAUCAGCUGUGGAUACACGUGCAUUUGACUAGCAAAAUAUAGAAAGAAAAUAUCAAGUUCGUUCCGCACAAUUUUCUUUUCUUUUUCACUUUCAUUGGUUGCAAAAACCAUUCAAAAUGGCACAACAUUCGUGUCAUCUGGACCUAACGAAUUUCCGUUUCAAUAUUUUUACCCCGGCGGAGACCGAACUGUUAAGUGUUGCGAAAAUCGAAAAUGACCAUUUGGUGGAUGCAGCCGGUUUUCCCAUUCCGGGUGGUUUAUACGAUCCUGCAAUGGGACCGUACGAUUAUGAUUCCGGAUCAUGCCAAACGUGUGGCAACUCAUUUGUGGACUGUGUUGGUCAUAUGGGACACAUUAAAUUGUGUAAACCGGUCUACAAUCGAAUUUUUGGUCGAGCCGUUUACAGUAUCAUGCGAAUGAGCUGUCUGCAUUGCUUCAAGCUGCAGUUGCCAGAUGAAGAAAUUGAAAUCCUUCGACUUCAACUACGGCUCACCGAAUUGGGAUACGUUCGUGAAUCGCAGGAACUUGAAAUAAUGAAGGCAUCGCUGAUGAUGUCCUCUGCAGAACGGGAAAAUAAAGUCGCGGAGUAUGAAGCUCUCAUCGAGAAAAAUCAACCGAAUCCGGAUUGCCGUACAAAAACAACCGAAGAACAACGAAUGUCACUUGUUAAUCCGGUCAUUCUAAGCCGACCUAAGUCGAAAAAUUGUAUUCACUGCAGACAGGUGUUGUCUACCUUUAAAUACACACAGAACAGACUGAUACGCAGCGUUCUCAAAGCGGAACUACAACAGACUCUCGGUGUCGAAGCUGCCCGAGCAGCAGAUGUGCCAGUGCUACCAGAGGAGUGUCGAGAUUAUCUACGCAACAUCUACAAACAAAAUCCGGACUUGUUAAACCUUCUCUUUCCAUCAUUGAAGGCUCACAAUAAAUUACCGCAUCCUGUUGACAUUUGCUUCACGGACAUCAUUCCUGUGACACCAAUCAACACACGACCGCAACUGAAAGUCGAAGGUGGCCGUACCACUAAGCACCACGAACAGACGCAGAUGUACAUCAACAUUAUUUUGGAGAAUUCAACGUUAAAAUUGAUCAUGGACCAGGCGGACAAGUUUGCAGCGGAGAAUAUACUGAACGAGAAAAUGUUGAAGGCUUGGCAGAAGUUGCAGUCGUGCGUCGACCAGUUGUGGGACGAGAAAAUGGGAUUCGAAAGAGGUUUCAAGGGCUUGAAACAGUUAAUCGAGAAGAAGGAAGGAAUCAUUCGGAUGCACAUGCUCGGAAAGCGCGUCAACUUUGCGGGGCGUACGGUCAUUACUCCAGAUCCCUACAUCAAUGUCGAUGAAAUCGGUAUACCCGAAGUGUUUGCCAAACAACUAACGUAUCCGGUUCCCGUGACAGAGUGGAAUGCCGAUGAGCUGCGUAAAUACGUGAUUAAUGGUCCAAACGUGCAUCCAGGCGCCAAAUUCAUCGAGGAAGGAAGCAGCAACAAAAUAAUUCCCGGUCACAGUAAGGCUGUACGGGAGAGUAUGGCAAAAACACUUCUCGUCAGCAAUGGACCGAAAGUCGUUCAUCGUCACUUGUUGAACGGCGACAUUCUACUGCUAAAUCGUCAACCAUCCCUGCAUCGGCCGAGUAUAAUGGCGCACAAAGUGAAAGUAAUGAAACACGAGAAGACGUUGCGUUUGCACUAUUCCAACUGCAAGUCGUACAACGCCGAUUUCGAUGGAGACGAAAUGAAUUGUCACUGUCCGCAAAAUGAACUGGCUAGAAGUGAAGCUUACAAUUUGGUCAAUGUGGCCAAUAAUUUUCUGGUGCCCAAAGAUGGUACACCGUUGGGAGGAUUGAUUCAAGAUCAUGUAGUUGCUGGCGUUAAAAUGACAAUGCGCGGACGGUUUUUCAAUCGAGAGGACUACCAUCAAUUGGUGUUCGUUGCACUUAGCCACAUAAAACGAGACCUGGAAUUGUUACCACCAGCGAUCAUUAAGCCGGUUGCUCUAUGGUCUGGCAAACAGAUUUUAUCGACGAUAAUCAAAAAUAUUUCGCCGAAGAACAAGGGAAUCAAUCUCAAAUCGACCAUCAAGAUCACGUCACGCAUGUGGGAGACAAGUGAACCGCGUGAGAUGUUAGCUGGUGGCACCAGAUUAAGGGACAAUGAAAUGACGGAAACGGAAGUGAUUAUACGUGGUGGGGAUAUUGUGGCUGGUGUCUUUGACAAAACACAUUUUGGUGCCACACCACACGGUCUGAUUCACUGCAUGUACGAGUUGUAUGGCGGGGCGGUGUCCAGUCAAUUGCUUUCAUCGUUUUCGAAAUUAUUCACUUUCUUCCUGCAACGGGAAGGUUUCUCGCUAGGCGUGCACGAUAUAUUGGUGACGCCAAAGGCUGAUAAGAAGAGGAAGAAAUAUUUGAAGAAAAUCGAAAAGAUCGGCGUGGAUAUUGUUGCCGGAGCAUUGGAAUGCGAUCCGAAUAUUUCGUCAUCGGAAUUGGCCGUCAAAAUGGAAGAAGAGUACAACAGGAAUCCUCAUUUCCGAACGAUUUUGGAUCGUCACUACAAAGGUGGUCUGGGUCUCUAUGUGAACAAGAUAAACAAAGUUUGUGUACCCGACGGUCUACUGUGUAAAUUUCCCGAGAACAAUUUACAGUUGAUGGUUGGAUCUGGUGCCAAGGGAUCGUCCGUCAACACGGUACAAAUUUCCGGUUCAUUGGGACAAAUGGAAUUGGAAGGUAAACGUCCGCCGCUCAUGAUUUCCGGUAAAUCGUUGCCCAGUUUCAAUGCAUUCGAGACAUCUCCGAAAUCUGGUGGUUUCAUUGUUGGUCGUUACAUGACUGGCAUUUCGCCGCAAGAAUUUUUCUUCCAUUGCAUGGCUGGUCGAGAAGGUUUGAUCGAUACAGCCGUCAAAACCAGUAGAUCCGGUUACUUGCAACGAUGCCUUGUCAAGCAUUUGGAAGGGCUUCUCGUGCAUUAUGACAUGACUGUGAGGGACAGUGAUAAAUGCGUCGUUCAGUUCAUGUACGGAGAAGAUGGAAUGGACACGAUGAAGGUGCCAUUUUUGAAUUCGAAGCACAUUGCCUUCUUGGACGCCAAUCGUCACGUAAUUGAAAACGAGGAAGUGGACGAGAAAUUGCAGAAUGACUACGAGAUCGAGCGCAAAAUUCAGAAGCACAAGAAAUCGAUCAAAUCGUGGGCGAAGAAACAUGGCAGCAAUCCGGCACGCCGAAGCUAUUUCUCGCAGUUCAUCGACGAUCAAGGUGUCGGAGUCGAUGAUAAAAGAGAAAUUCUGGACAAAUGGACACAGAUGCUGGAGAACGACGCUGGCUUGAAAGCGAAGUAUAAAAAAAUGAACAUGAAACGUCCCGAUCCGGCAAUAAGUAAGUAUCAGCAAGACAAUUACUUUGGUGUGAUUUCCGAACGAUUGGAAUGGUUGAUCAACCUGCACUGCAAAGACAACGACAUAAGGGAAAAAAGCAAAUUCAAGUCGCUGAUAUACAAGAAAAGUAUGAUGUCGCUAGCAUCGCCGGGAGAACCAGUUGGUUUAUUGGCAGCACAGUCCAUUGGAGAACCAUCCACCCAGAUGACAUUGAACACAUUCCAUUUUGCCGGACGAGGUGAAAUGAACGUGACACUUGGUAUCCCUAGACUGAAGGAAAUCCUAAUGACAGCAUCAAAGCAACUCAAAACGCCGUCGAUGGAUAUUCCGUUUAAGGCGGGCACAACACCACGAAUGGCUGAAAAACUUCGGUUGAAGUUGAUCCGUGUGACAGUGGCGGAUGUUUUGGAAUCGGUUAAAGUGAAAACCUACAUAUCGCUUUCGGCGGGACGAGUUCGAAAGUGCGUGUUGAAGUUCAACUUCCUCGAACGAGACCUGUACCGAGAUGAGUAUUGCGUUAAGCCGAAACACAUUCGUGGCUAUGUCGAGAAGAAGUUCUUCAAGUCCAUGUUCAGAGCAAUCGAAAAAUCAUCGGACGCUGAACCAAACAUCGUUAAAAGCAAAAAAGUGGCAAACACAAACCGAGGUGCCGAAGAUGGUGAUGAGGACGAAGCUGAUGGGGAUGAAGAUGAAAAUGUUGAAGGCGGAAAAGAUCGCUAUCAAGGAUUGUCGGGAAGUGAGGCAUCGGAUAAUGAGGAUGAUGACGCUGGUGCUGCUAAAAAGAAACGACAAAACGACGACGAACAAGACUACGAUGAAUCGGAAAAUGAAUCUGGAGACGAGCCAGAUGAUCAAGACGACAGCAAGGAUAACGACAUCGAUGAAAUCAUGCCGAGUAGAAUGGAAGAGGGUGGAGUUUCGGAAAUUGAUUACAAGAAUGCUAGAGAGUAUGUGCUGAGCACUUACAGUAACGUCAAGGAAUAUGAAUUCGAUAAGGACAAUGAGCUGUGGUGCAAGUUGACUUUCGAUUUACCGCUGACCAGCAAAAAUAUUGAUUUUUCAACGCUUCUGCGGGAAGUGGCUCGCACGUCUGUUAUACACGAGGUGAAGGGUAUUAAACGAGCCAUUACUCAUCCCAAGGAUAAAGACUUGAUACUGCGAACGGAUGGUAUCAACAUAACGGAAAUGUUCAAAUACGACGAAAUUUUGGAUUUGAAUCGUCUGUACACCAACGACAUUCAUACGGUGGCAAUGACCUAUGGCAUUGAAGCGGCAACUCGAGUCAUUGUCAGGGAAAUUCAGUUUCUCUUUUCCCAAUACGGAAUUGUGGUUGAUCCUCGACAUUUGCUACUGAUUGCUGAUUAUAUGACAUUUACCGGUCGUUUCCAACCACUGAGUCGUGAAGGAAUGAAAUAUUCAGCGUCAUCCCUGCAACGGAUGUCGUUUGAGGCUCCCAUUCAACCGUUACAAUCGGCUACAGUUUUCAAUUACUCAGAUAAUUUGGAUUCGCCGGCCAGUCGUAUCAUGGUUGGCAAGCCAUGCCAAGGAGGAACUGGAUUGUGUUCGAUAAUUUUCAAAAAUACGCAAGUGACGAAUAAGAAAAAUUGUUAAAACUGUGGAGUGGAAUGUCGUAAAUGAUUGAUAUGAAAACGAAUUAAAUAGAAAAUCGAAUUUCAUCA